AUGAAACUCCAAAUUUUGUUAGUUUUGUAUUUGACAACUUUCAUGUGUAUGACGCGUGAAGGUGAAACAAAUGACAAGACAAGCAUAAAUCUACAAAGAAGAUCUCCUGAAAGAUAUCCUUUGCCAUACGUUGGAGAAAUUCGUUUUCCGAUGUAUUCAGGAAAAGAGAUCACUGUCGAAGGACCCAACUCAAGAGAGGAUUUUGGAUUCACUGUUAAACUAUGCCAAACAGUUUCUUGUGGUAGCGAAGUGGCAUUAGAACUGAACAUUAAUCCCAAUGAAAAUAAAAUGAUCAGAUCUUCCAGUUAUGAUAACGAGUCGAAAAAAGAGGAUGAUUACGGUGUUCUAAUCUUCAAAUCUGAAAAUCAAUUUAAGAUUGAUAUAAUAAUUACAGACUCAAUCUUUAAGAUUUAUGUGGAUGGAGAUAUAUUUGUUACUUACCCAAACAAUAUGCCCAUUGCAAACAUCAAAUACAUUCAUAUAUCUGGGAAAGUUGUAGUGCAGUGGAUUCUUUUCUCAUAUGUCAACCCUGUAAAUCCAGUUAAAAUAGAACGACGUCCGGGUGGUGAAAGAAUUAUCGUUUAUGGACACAGAAUUGCAGAAGAAGAUUUAACACUCAACAUUCGAUGCCCAUCUGAGGGUAAUGGUAACGAUAGCAGUGAAAAUAUAGCUACUCAAAGACUUAGUGUCCACUCAGGUCCAGGAGAUCCAGGGUCCAUUCUGGUCCUAGAGAUCAAGGGUCCACAAUUAUCCAGGGUCCACACUGGUCCAUGA